AUGGCAGAUGACGAUGCCGGCGUUCUUCCUCCCUACAUCGAGGAGGGCGAGGAGGAGGCCGCGGCGUCGAAGCAGCUGCGCCGCCAGCAGAGCAAGAGGAAGAAGCCUCGGGAGAGGAUGCCGUGGGAGUUCGCCACGCCAGAGGAGGAGGCCAAGGCGGAGGCGAGACUGGCUCUGGAACGCGAGCUCAUCGUGCACGACCCCAAGACUGGAGACACUUGCUUCACCCGCGUCUGGUUCCUUGACCGCACCAUCUUCGACCUCGACGAAGAGACACAAUAUGGUCCUAUGCGUUAUGUGAAUUCAACUAUUGGUGAUGACCAUAGAUUGGUUGGCUCUUUAAAUGUGCUUUGUCUCAAGAUAAUCUCCUCAGAUAGAUAA